AUGGCGUUUGCCGAACAUAGCCAGAAUGGUCAUCGGACUUGCCUUGCAGGCGAUCCGGCGGAAUGGGAGGCUGUGGAGUGGGCGGAAGGAGUGGUCGAUCUGACUCGCAAAGAGACGGAAGGUGUAUUGACUGUGGAACUCGAAAUCGUUGCUGCCGUGGAGGAUGGAAGUCGCCUCGUCUCGGAUGGUCUUGCACGUUGCGAGUAUGCUUACGUUGGCUGGUUUAGCGCUCUGGCUAGCGAGUACAACGUGGUGUGA